GUAAAACACCAGUUCGCGUCUGUGUCACAAAACAUCCCUCGUAGCCACCGCAGUCAGCCAGCUCGCCCAACACGAACUGUUCCGUUAGACAAACAAUCGCAGAUCACCGCUGUUCACUCUUGGAGGUGACCCAUACGCAGCCCUGGUCGACCGCCGUUAGUGGAUGCUCCUAAGGACGUUAAACUACCCUUCUAGUAGCCCAAGUCCGUCUCCACCAAAUUUACAACGCCAAACCACACACGCCCUGGUUCACUGUAAAUAGUUUAUUUUUACAGGGAGAACAGUCCCGCGUGUAUUUUGUCCAUUAAUGGACAAGUGUCUUGUUUCUAUAAACUGUUACUAGACCGACGUUGGAAUUCUUACAGGAAUUGUCACUUCUUUUUUGCAAUUCUGCACAGAACCUGCAAGCCCAUAUAUCAACGAAUGCCGGUUGGGAGAGACUGCGUGAACUUACAGCUUACGAAGGAGAAAAAACGUUAUUAGUCUUGUUAUCUCUCUUGUUUUGUUUCUGUCCAAAUUGUGUAUAAUAAAAAACAAUUGAGCAGGAAUAUUUACUGUUUUGGUCACUCUUUGUUUGAAAACAUAUACUAAUAGUGAACAAAAGUUCACUGUGCAACUUUUUGGAGCAUUACAACUCAUUUUUGGUGUCUGCAACGAAUACUUGUCUUCAAAUAAUACUCUUGAAGAAUCUACUGUACCUAAUUAUACACAACCGACAAUCGAUACACGUUCUUAAACUACUUGCUUAACGAUUUUUGUGUAGCCCACUAAAGAUGGACUCAAGUGAUGAUGAGUAUGAUUCCGAUGUCUACGAGGUUGAGCAUAUCCUGGACGAGAAAACAGAUGAAAACGGAAACACCCUGUACUAUAUUAAGUGGGCCGGCUAUGAAUGGUACGACAACACUUGGGAGCCAGAAGCCAACCUAGUGGGUGCCGAUCUAGCCUUGAAGGAUUGGAAAAAACGGAAAGAACUCAUUUCUCGCAAUUUAAUCAAACCGUAUGAUUCAGAAGGAAAUGAACGACGGAAAGAAGAACGCGAGUUAGAAGAACAAAAAAAGGAGAAGGAGCGUCGUCGGUUGCGUCUUCUAGUUCAAGCUGAGCGGGAAAAAUCAAAACGGCAAACAAAACGGAGUACUGCUGUCACAUCAAGACAGUCAACGAAACGGAAAAAAGCAGCAGCAGCAGCAGCAGCAAGUCCGACAAGUACAAAAAAGACGAGAACAAAGAAGACUGCUUCUUCCAAAUCUACAACAACAACUUCAACGAAAAAGAAGCGAAUUAUUAUAGAUGAUGAAGAUGAAGAGGAUGGAGAGGAUGGAGAGGAAGAAGCAAUCGCUGUUCCUCGGAAAUCCCACCGGGCGAAAGCAAAGCCCGAAACGAUUAAUGUACCGGACAGCGACAAUAGUGAUAAUGAAGAAUUGCCUUCGUUUCAAAAGAAUGACAAACGCAGUGCCGCUGACACGUCCAUGGAAAGCGGUAAUUCUUCCAUCUCUUCCGAACUGCCUCCUUUGCUCGACACAGAUAUGCUGGAUGUCACCGAAACUCUCUUCCGGCCACAGACAGCGAAAACACGAUCUGCAAAACCCGCGAAGGUCAAGCCUAUACCUCCCCGAAAGAAAACGAAAGCAAAACAAACCCUCGUGCAAGACGAAAGUAGUGUAGCGGACGGAAAGGCUCCUGAUGCUGCGUCGCUUUUCGUUGAUGGUUUGACAAACUUAUCACAAAUUAAGUUUAAAAAGCAUGAACCAGCUAGCGUUUCUCGAACCGUCGUUAUUACUGGGUUUCCUAUGGAAACAUCCGAAUCUGAUUUUCGUGAGUAUUUUGCUUUCAUAACAAAAGAUAUGUCAGUUUCCCUAUCAAGUCCUCUGUCGAAACAGGCUUCCAAAAAUGUAGCCUAUGUAAAAUUCGAUACUGCUGAUCAUGCCUUGCUUGCUUGUGAAAAAGGCCAUCCUCAAUGGCGUGUAGCGCCAAGCCAGGAUAGUCUUUACGAACGAUCACUCGCAGGUAAUGACACAGUUCCGGAAGAGGAAGAACUUGUUCAGCCGCGAUCUACUCACAAGUCCAUUCUCAAAACUGCGGCGACAAAGUCUAGUCGUCUGCCUAAAGAACGCUUGUCUGUCUCAUUUUCCGAGGCUCCACUGAAGAAAAACGAGGACAGUAAAAAAGAAGAAGAAGAAGAAAUUAGCACUGUUGAAAAAACCAAAUCUGUUGAUUUCGACGAUUCUCCGUUAAGUUUGUUUGACACUAAAAAAUCAUCUUCUGACGAGCAUCUUGAGACUGGGAGUAAAGAUGCUAAGGACAAAACGAAAACUUCUAAAAGCCCAGACAAGGACAAACCAAAAUCUCCCAAGAGCUCAGAGAAGGAAAAACCGAAAUCCAGUAAGAGCACGGACAAGGAAACCGAUGGAAAAAACAAAAAAUCGAAGAAGACCUCUGCUAAGAAGUCUUCUCGUAAAAAGCCUAUCAAACCAAUGAUUGUUGGAAGUAGUUGGACCGCUGUAAAUUCUUCUCAGGGUUUAGGUGCUACUGAUUCUGAGAGCAAGCCCGACGAUUCGGAACCCGAUUCUGUUGUACCGCCGGUUGCACCACUCUCUGACGACGAAAACGAUGACUUGGAACACUUGUUUUCUGAGGAUGUCUCUUCGCCGGCUUCGUCGGCAAAGGUGGUUCACAUUCCCGAUUACUGGCGAUUUGUUCUUCGUUCUGGCAAGUCGCUUUCGUUUACCGGCGAGCUUGAAUUAGAUCUUUCCAAACUGAAAGAGGAGGAAGAAAACAAGCCAAUUCUUCAAAGCUUAAUUACCAAGCGGCAGAUCGACGUGGUGCGUUUUAUUUCCACGUCGCAUCUGGAAUUGUUUGGUGAUUGUGUGAAGGAUAUCAUGCAGGGAAACUUGUAUGUUCGUAACGAUGUGGACAUGAAUCAUUUCCGUAAUAUUCUUGUUCGAAGUAAGGGUGCUGGCAUUGUUUUAGAGAAGGAAUUUAGCUUGCUAUUCUUCACCUCUGACAAUGAGCCACUCAUGAACAUGUAUAAGUGUUCCAGUGGCAUCAAGAGCCCCUUUUGGAUCGUUUUGCUUGAGCCAUUCGCGCCUAUGCUUCGCAAUUGGGCCUCUAAAAAUUCGAGAGCUACACGCAUAUACAACAAAAGCUUCCCGUACUUGACAUAUCUGCUGCAGCUAAGCAACAUGGACUAUGUCCGUGCUGGAGCCUUUCAACCCGGAAAAGUUAUUGUGUAUGCGGAUGACGGGCCAGAAACACUGGAGGUCGUUGACAUGUUGCGCUCGGCAAAGGUACAAUUCGUUAUGAAAAAGGAAUUGAACGAAAAAAGCAUGUCUUCUGUGAACUUGAUAUUGGUGCACACUAGCCUCAAAACCAACAUCAAUGAACUUCCAUUUCUGACAUUGGCGAAGCGUCAAGUCUGUCGUUUUUAUUUGUUCGGUGUUGACACCAUCAGCAAAAAGCGUGUCAGCCGACCUAGUCUUGAGCUCGGUGCGCCUGAAAGCGUUGGAAAAAGGGUGCUGCACGAAUAUGUGCAGCGACUCCUGCCCAUCUUUCCUCGGGGCGGCAUUCUCAGCGUCACUCCAAUCGCGUUCAUUAAAAAGCCGGACAUCAUCAAGUCAGUGCUUCCUUUCAUCCAGCUCAAGAUUACCUCUUGGCGGUUUGUUUUGCCGGUGGGAUAUAUUACUAUGCUACGCUCAUGCUUUGAGAAGUACUUUCCCAAUGAGCCUUCAAAGAAACUGAACGACUGCAUUGCUACCUACAACCGUCUUAUGGAAGAAGCUGGCAGUUCGACAAUCAUGAUGCUGCAAGACUGGGAGGUAAUUGAGUCGGAGGAUGAAAGCGAGACGCUCCUAAACUCGCUUCUGUUUUACCAGCAAAAGCAUUACGAGCAGUACCGACGGUUUGUUUUACUUCACGAUGUUCAAAAAUUUCCUCUGAAGGAGCCCAAUGGGAUUGAAACACUGACAUUCAACGACUUCCGGCAGCGGUUUAUGUCUACUGUCGGUCUUGGCUGAACCUCCACCUGCCGUCCGACUGUUUCCUUUCCCUCUUGCUCCAGCAGUAUCCCCUAUCCAUUCCCUGCGUUUGUUCCCAUAAAGACUCAUGCGUUGUCUCACUCACAUCCCUCUUUACCACCCAUUUUUCUAAACAUUCAUUUACGCACCCUCUGCCUCCCUUCCCGCCCUUUCUUACACGAAAUGACACACACACGAAAAUAAUAUAACAAAGCGUAGUUUACUGCAUCCGUUACUCCCUUCCAUUCGUCGCGCGGAACUUAUGGAGAAACCAACACAACAAGCCCUAAGGCUUUGUUUCUCUUUACUCCUCUUAAUUGUCGCAGCGUGCUAUUUCGUGAUUUAAAG